AUGACUGCAACUAUUCAGCACCCCCAGUCUGCAACGACAGUGUUCCUAGACCAGCCACCGAGCUGUCUAGAAUUCUGCCCGGAGGCACCAGACUAUUUCGUUGUGGGCACAUACCUUCUAUCAGAGAACAAAACCGAAGAUGGAGAGAUACAACAAUCCAAAACCGGAAGUAUCCAGCUAUGGAAGCUAGAUCCUGUAAACAAAGCACUUUCCCAAGUCCAAAGAGUCGCAGUGCCAUAUGCCGUCUUUGACCUCCACUUCCACCCAAAACACAAGAAUAUAUUCGCAAUCGCAAGUAGUGUGGGCUCAGUUUCUCUAUUUGAAGUCUCCGCCAGCAUAUCAGCGGGAGAUGAUGCAUCUACUACAAGUCCCAGCAUCACCCAACUAUGGACGAAGCAAGUCCACGAAGAUCCAUCUAUCCCAGCCCUGUUCCUAGCGUGGGCACCGGAGAACUGGUUCCCUAGGUCUUCAGCAGACGGAUUCGCAGUCACGUUCUCUGAUAGCCGGACAGCUGUCUUCGGGACCGAGGGUGAUCUCCGCGACGAAGAUAGUCUAUUUGAAUGGGGAACAUUCGAAGCGAAGCAAAUGAUUGAAGUCUGGUUCGUGGCCUUGUCCACAGCUUCCACAGCCUCCGAAGAGCGAAAUCCAUCCAACAUUCCCUUCAUGUUCACGGGUAAUGAUUUCGGCUCAUUACAUACACGUCGGUUAGAUAAUACUGCCGCGUUGGACGAUACUGAUGAGCAUAUCUCGCCUAUACUUCUUGAGCAUGAUGAUCGGGCACGCCAUCAUACAGCUGGUGUUACUGCCAUUCUACCGCUUGGUGUUCCGCUGUUUGACGAUGCUCCUGUUCUGCUGACGGGAAGUUAUGAUGAGGGUUUACGGGUAUAUCAUGCUACACGCAGAGGGGAGGUUCUUGCUGAACAGUGCCUCGACGGUGGAGUCUGGCGGUUGCAGUUGUUGAACACGACGCAAGUGCCUGAGUCUGCAGACGCUUUGAAUGUUACGGAAUGGAGCUUCUUGGUGCUGGCAAGCUGUAUGCAUGCAGGCACUAGGCUCGUUCGGGUUACUUGCACGCAGCAGGAUGGUACUCCGGAAUGGGGGAUUGAAGUGCUGGCGAAGUUUACGGAGCAUGAGAGUAUGAAUUAUGCCAGUGGUACUGGCUAUGCCGCCUAA